CAGAGCGCUUGCGGUGGAGCAGCGGGUGGGCGGAGCCUAUGCCUACACCGCUCGUGUAAGGCGUGUCUUAAACCCGGUCACGGCGUCCAAACCAAGCGUACACACCCACUCUGUAGGCGACGGUGAAACACCUUCUCUGUUGUGUUUCUUCGAAGGGGACAACGCAUAUAAUAGGAGCGAUGGGCGUGUCACAUGAAUGUCGUGUCCGGAGUGAAAUUCCUCAGUUGGAUUAACAUUACCCCAUCACCGUGUACCGUAAUGACCCCGGUGUGUCUGAGUGGCGAUGAGCGCGUCGUCCACAUCAUCAUCGUGAGCGCGAGACCAGCAGCGCCACGCGCCCUUCUGAUGCCACACGCGGAGUAAACUAGCCAUCGGGACUGACGACGCAAACAUCAGCGGGUGUGUUUUGGCAUUUUUCUUAUUCAUUAAUUUUAAGGACAGUCUGUCCGGACACUGCUUCAUGUCUUUGAAUCGAUUGCGCGUGAUGUUGUGCGUGCAUUAGACUGUUUACUGUGUGUGCGCAGUGAGUGUCUCCCAUCAUUCCCAGCCUGGUGAUCAAUAUUUUCAGGCUCACAGCCGGAGGACAUGUACUGUAAUGACGAUUUGCCCCUGCAGUGGGUGCUUUCUGCUUGUUCUUACUCAAGCUACAAGUCCCUGCACGUGGCCCUCAGACAUGGUUUUAGAAGGAAGCUCUGAGGCCCUGUGUCCUCCUCCGUCCCUGGAGCUGCGCCCAUCAUGCAACAAGAGCCAACCAUCGCCCCCUCUAGACUCGGGCUCGCAAUCCCAUGAUGCCAUAUUCCCUGGGGACAAGGAGCCCAUCAAGUAUGGAGAGCUGAUCGUGCUGGGACAUAAUGGUUCACUAGCGGGUGGUGAUAAAGGGCGCAGGAGGAGUCGACUAGCCCUUUACAAGAGACCCAAAGCCAAUGGCGUCAAACCUGAUGUCAUCCACAACGUAUCCACACCUCUGGUGUCAAAGGCACUGAGCAACAAGAGCCAGCACAGUAUCUCCUACACGCUGUCAAGGAGUCAUUCUGUUAUAGUAGAGUACACACAUGACUCCAACACAGAUAUGUUUCAGAUUGGCCGUUCCACAGAGAGCAUGAUCGACUUUGUGGUGACGGAUAUGGCGGGCAGCAGCGGGCAGUGCCAAGGUCAGUGUCAGGGGGGUGCGGGAGGAGACGGGGGCCAGUCAGCACAGAGCACCAUCUCCCGCUAUGCUUGCCGCAUCAUGUGUGAGCGUAGUGCCCCCUACACAGCCCGCAUCUAUGCUGCUGGCUUCGACUCCUCCAAAAACAUCUUCCUCGGGGAGAGGGCAGCUAAAUGGCGGACCUCAGACGGCUUGAUGGAUGGGCUGACUACCAAUGGAGUGUUAGUGAUGCACCCUGCAGGGGAAUUUGUUUCUGAACCCACUCCUGGUGUUUGGCGGGAGAUAUCUGUGUGCGGAAAUGUCUUUGCCCUGAGAGAGACACGCUCGGCUCAACAGAGAGGCAAACUGGUCGAGAAUGAGUCAAACACACUGCAGGACGGCUCUCUGAUUGACCUGUGUGGUGCCACGCUGCUGUGGCGGAGCCCGAGUGGCCUACGGCGCACGCCUACACUCAAGCAGCUCGAGUCACUGCGCCAGGAGCUGAAUGCUGCACGUCCUCAGUGUCCGGUCGGCUUCAACACGCUGGCCUUUCCCAGCCUGGCACAACGUGCCACUGUCGACAAGAAGCAGCCAUGGGUCUACAUGAACUGCGGUCACGUGCAUGGCUACCACAACUGGGGCUUCCGCAGGGAGAAGGAUAAGGCGGUGGGGGCAGCCGAGCGCGAGUGCCCUAUGUGCAGGAAGGUGGGGCCCUACGUGCCCCUGUGGCUGGGCUGCGAGGGUGGCCUGUAUCUGGACGCAGGACCCCCGACACACGCUUUCUGCCCCUGCGGCCACGUGUGCUCAGAGAAAACGGCGCAAGGCUGGAGCCAGAUCCCACUGCCGCACGGAACACACGCCUUCCACGCAGCAUGCCCGUUCUGCGGCACAUGGCUCACCGGCCAGCACGGCCACAUCAAGCUCAUCUUCCAAGGCCCCGUUGACUGAGACAGCAGGACUGCAUGUGAAAGAAAAGGACGAAAGGACUUGAGGAGUAAAUGUACUGAACUGUUACUGCACCAAGAGAUCAACGUGCUGAAGGAGAAAAUGUUGUUGAGAGAAUAUGUAAAUAAAGGUGAUGGAAUAAAAAGGAAAUAAUUGUUUGCUUUUUGUGAGAGUAGUGUGAAAAGGCAAAGUACUAAGAAAGAUUUAUGAGCAUCAUUUUGGGGCAGGUAGGUUGUUGUGCUUGAAAUCAUCCUGAUAAUGAAAUUUGUGUGGAUAGGGCCAGGAGCUCAAAAUAUAUUCAGGCAUUGGGACAUUGGGAUCAGCGAGUAAUUUGUGUUGGAAUAAAAUAUCUAUCUAUCUAUCUAUAUCUCUCUCUCUCUCUCUCUAUCUAUCUAUCUAUCUAUAUAUCUAUC